CAGAUUUGCAGGCGAGACACACCUGCAUGCAUUCCUUUUGAACCAGGCGUCGCCGCACACCACCGCAUCCCACCAGAGCGUCUGCUUCCUCACAAGCGCAUCUCCCUCGUACAUGAGAUGCAACAGCUCUCUCGGCCUCGCUCGUCCGUCCUCCUGGCGUUGCCGGCGUGCUGGUUGUAACGAACUCUCACCCGUCCACGAUCCUGUCUCGCCGAGACACAUCACAUCAACAGCUACCCACCUUGCGCAUCUAUUGAACCUCAGCUCGAGGUACCCACUACUCGAUCAGCCAUCUACCUAGCCCUCGCAUCAGGGACCGACCCAGAUUGCAUUGCGCUGUCUGCCUGCUUCUCCCUUCACAUCACUCUCACACGUUCACUCGCGCUCUCUACUCGUUCACCCGCAUCAGACCCGCACCUGCCGACACGCGGGGCUAUACGCAGCAAUGGAGGACGACACCAGCUCGAGGAGAAGAGGGGGAAACAUGGACGCCAGCUACCUCUCGCAACAGGUGAACACCAUCAUCGGGGAUCUUCACGAGCUGUUCGACCACAUUGGUGUCCCCAGCCAUGAGCGCAAAGACAGAGAGACCGAGCUAUUCGCGGCACUAUCAGAAACAUUGCAAAAGCAGGUGCAUUCCGUGUCAGCCGAGAAGGAGGCCAUGAUAGAGGAGGCGGAGAAUAUCAUAUCCGCCAUCCGCAAGAUGGAAGGCUCUCUCGACGAUGCCAAGCCACGUGGAGAUGAAGAUGACGGCCUGAAAAUCACCUACCCGCUCACGCGCUGUCUGCAGGUUCUUAAGGAGAAGCACCAACACGUUAGCAAGCUGCACAGAGACCGAUUCGAACAAGUCAAGAAGCUUGUCCAGGCCCUCGAAUCAUACUCGCUGCACCUGGAGCCCAGCUUUGUUAAGCUCUCACUGCCACCCACGGGGCCGAACCAGUCGCUGCCCCUCGAUUUCAGUCUGUCUCCGUCGUACGUGAACAAGCUCGACGAUGAGUUUACCCGCGUUUACGAGGAGUACACCCGCCGUGUAGCCGCCGUCAAGGCCACGUGCGAAAACAUCAUCCAGCUGUGGGCCGAGCUGGGUACACCGCAGGCGCAGACGGACGGAGCCAUCGUCAAGUACUACCGCGACGCCCCCGAGCAGCUGGGACUUCACGAAGAGGAUAUUGCCCAGCUGCGUGCGAAACUUGACCGCCUGACGGACGAGAAGAAGAACCGCGAGAAGCGCCUGAGGGACCUCAAGGCAGCCGUCGAGGCACUGUGGGAGAAGCUUGGGAUCGAGGAGCACGAGCGUAAGAAGUUCCUCAACGCCAACCGUGGCUGCGGCGUCCGACAGAUCAACGAGUUCGAGGAUGAGCUGGGCCGCUUGUCAGAGCUCAAGCGCCAGAACCUGCACCUGUUUGUCGAGGAUGCCCGGUUCAAGCUGCAGGAGCUCUGGGACGCCCUCUUCCUGUCAGAAGACGAGAUGCUCGAGUUCACCCCUGCCUUCUCCGACGUCUAUAGUGACGCCCUACUUGAGGCCCACGAGCGCGAGAUUUCGAGGCUGGAGGUCCUACACGAACAGCGCGCCCCGGUCCUAGCCAUGGUCGACCGCCACCGCACCCUGGUCACCGAGCGUGACGAUCUGGCCGCGUCCAGUCAGGACGCUUCGCGCCUCAUGAUGAGGGGUCAGAAGGGGGAGAAGCGAGACCCGGGCAAGCUGCUGCGCGAGGAGAAGAUGCGCAAACGCAUUGCCAAAGAGCUCCCCAAGGUCACGGCCGACCUCUGCAAGGCGCUGGAAAGUUGGGAGGACGAGUGGGGGCGCGACUUCCUCGUCCACGGCGAGAGGUACCUGGACGUUAUCGACGCCUCAGAGCCACGGGCCGCUGGUGCCGCCGCCCCAGCGCCGCGAUCAAAGACGCCAGGAGCCCUAGCCCCUGCCGCGGCGCUGACAGCCCGCCCCACGACUGCGGCCGGCCGGGCUGCCCCUCCCGCCAGAGCACACAGCAGUGCAACCAAAUCCACAACCGUGCCAGUACAGGCACCAGCAAGGUCUCACUCGGCCGCUGCAAAGACUCCGACCGGCACAUUACGCCGUGCCCCGCCCCAGCUACAGCAGAUGCAAGCGCCAUCAACAACGACAACGACGGCGUCGGGAGGCUCUCUCAGGGGCAGCCCGUCCCGUAUCCCUGCCCGGGUGCCUCUGUCGAACCUCAAGCACGGCAACAACUCUCCCGAGCGGCCGCGACCAGAGUCCAGGGGCGAUGGCGAUGCCUUCCGCAACCCGCCUCCUCUGAUGCGUGCUCCGCCGCCAAAAAUGCGCGAUCUCGUAGCGGUGCCCGAGGCAGGCCUGGAGCCCCCGGCCGAGAUUCGCGGUCGCGACAACCAGCUGCAGGCCAGUGUGAUCCUGAGGCCGGUCGACCCGGACGACGUGUACGACGACGGCAGGCAGCCAGCGAUGCACAUGUACGAAAACCCGUACGCCCGUCCAGGCUCGCGCCAGGAGAUGAUGCAUGCCUCGCGCAACGUCAACCAGUACGCGCAGUCGGGCUACGCGAGGCACAUCUCCAACACGUCGACGGCCGUCUCGGGCUCGGAGAACUGGGAGACGUACGACGACAACUCGGAGCCCGAGGUGGACGAGUCGGACGCCUACUGCUCCAGGCUCCGGGCGGCCAGGAGCAAGCAGCACACGACGCCAGAGGCCGGCAGCUAUCACCGCUCGCAGGCGAGCCAGUCCAAGCGGCCUCGCGGCGUGCCCCCGACGGCCGUUACCCACACGGGGCUGGCCAUGAUCGACGCCAACGGCAACCGCAUCGUGUCCGGGAGCGACUGGACCGACGAGGAUGCUUUUUAAAGUUUUACGACCGAAAAAAAAAUCAUGUCUGCACGUGUGUCACGCCCCCGCUUGCGCUGUCCGCUCAGGAACUUGUAGGAACAAAAGAAACAACCACAAUACUCGGCAUUCUCACGCCAUCUACAUUUUCCUGUUACGUUUUUUUUUCUGUCACUUUCUUUCUAAUUGGACCCCUUUAUACACCUUUCUACUAGCGCCAAUCUCUGCCCUGGCUGCUAUUGGUGUUGACAAGUACUCUACUGUAUCACUUCUUUGGUAUGGUGGCUACAUUUGUUCGCUUCUUGUCUGUAUUUAAUCACUCAGCCUUGGUGUCCUGGUCUGUUGGGGACUCUUCCCCUCUCCUUCCUUUUUCUUUGUUUUUUUCUUGGGGAGGAUAUCUUCCCCAUUCCCUCAUCAUCAACACUCGAGCUUCAACAAAACGACUAGUAGAGGAUGACAUGCCCUGAUGAACAGUCACCGUUUGUCUCGUCUCUUUUCCUCGGGCCUUGCCAACGUCUCUUUUGCUGUCUUGCCUUCGCAUUCUCGUUGCCACAGCCUCACUCUUUUUUCUUUUCGUCCCGUCUUCUCGUCUUCUCGUCUUCUUAUUCCUUUCUUUCCUUUACGGGUCUUUGGAAACUCUGGGACACAUCUCUGCGCAAAUACCGCUGUAGGAGUGCACGGAAUGGAUAUGGGAGGGGUGCCAUGCACAUUCAUCGGCGUCUCGGUUGCCAAUUAAAGGAGGGUUCGGUUUACUCUCGCUUUUAUCUUUUUCCUGUUGUUCGCGCUCCGUUGCGAAGGUAUAUUUCCGGCUGUCUCUCGGUGGUAAUUAGAUGUCAAGUAAUCCAAACGCAAUAAGGACUGGUAAAUUAAAUCUGA